AUGGAAAAUACAAAUCAAAUACCAGAUUCCAGGAGAUGUAAACCAGACAAAUUGUAUAAAAAAUCAUCAUUUGUAGAUAUAUAUGAAAGAUUGCAAUCCUUAUGGAAUGGUGAGUUUUUUUGUGAUGUUAAACUACAAACGGAUGAUCAAAAAAUAAUAUCUGCACAUAAAGUGGUUUUAUCCGCAGCUAGCCCGUAUUUUUAUGCCAUGUUCACACAUUUUGCAGUAAGGAAUCAUGAUCUUGUGGCAUUAAGACAGAUAGAUCAUACUGCUUUACUGCACUUAGUGGACUUUAUUUAUUCUGGAAAAAUCUCGGUCACUGAAAAAAACGUCCUGAUUUUGCUACCGGCUGCAGACCUCUUGCAGUUACAAGGAGUAAAAGAGGCUUGUUGUGAUUUUUUACAGUCACAGCUCUGUCCAUCAAAUUGUAUCGGUAUUAACACUAUAGCUGACUUACAUAGCUGUACAAAAUUGAUAACAAGUUCAGAAAUAUAUAUUCAUCAACAUUUUUCAGAAGUUGUUGGUGAUAACGAAUUCCUAUCCUUAUCAUUGGAACAAGUAAUUAAGUUGAUAUCCAGUGAUAGACUUCCAGUAUCAUCUGAUGAAAAAGUAUUUGAAAGUGUUAUUAGUUGGGUAAAAUAUGAUUUGGGUUCAAGACAAUGUGUUUUAUCUCAAUUAAUGCAACAUGUGCGGUUACCAUUAACAUCGAAGGAUUACAUAUUAAAAAAAGUAGCUGAAGAACCUCUUAUAAAGAAUUGUUUAAAAUGCAUUAAAUACACUCAAAUCAGAAGACCAUAUUCCACAAAGCAUCCAGAAUAA